AUUCAGAACAUUCCAUGUUUCUUUCAGUUAUCACUUAAGGUGGACAGAAACCCAUCUACGGUGUGUUGCCUUAUCUUCUGAAGUAUUGUUUUAUCCGUUUUUCAAUACAAAACGACAAUGUGGCAGCGACCAAUUGAUAGACAAUAAUUGCAAAUUGUUGCCUGCAUAAUAAAUCAGAUUUUGAUGGUAAAUGGCAGCGCAUCAUUUUAUGAACAAUUUAAGAUAAAACUGUAAUGCAACUAAAGUCCAUCUGAAUGUGAUUUGAUACUGCAAAACAAGGUACUGUUAUAUUGAUUUACUACUGCAAAUCCCUAAAGACUUACUGAUUUUGAUAUGGUAUGAUCAGUAGUAGUACAAGAUCUGUAUAACAUGAGAUCCUCUCUUUCCUCACUGAUUCAACAGCUAGCACAAAGAAUCAAAGAAGAAAAUUGAAUAAAAAGAAAAUAUGAAGAAGGUGUCUUCAAGUCUCUGUAGUCCUUUUCUUCUCUUUACUAUACAGUUGGGUAAUGGAAUUCUCCUUGAGUCCCUCCCAACAGUUUCACAUUUUUUAUCAAGAAGAAAAUUAGGAAAAUGGUUCUCUAUGGUGUUAUAACACUCGCAUAAACAUUCAAAUAUCUGUUUUGUUCUCUUAAGUUGUCCUUCUCACCCUUACAAGUUCAUUUGGUUGUACCCUUAACUCCUAGUCUUGAACAAGUGAGGUUACCAAAGGUUGGCUACCAAAAACUUCUACAUUUUCCCACUCUUUGACUUCUUAAUACAUAGUUCCAAAAGGUUGUAAGAAAAUCCCAAAAUUCCCUCCUAUGGAAUGAUCAGAUUCCUGAGGGCUGUUCACAGUUUUGGAGAUGUUCUGGACAAAACCAAUAGGCCAUUAUGGAAUGAUCAGAAAUUUAGAGAAACGAACAAAAUGGGAAUAGACUACAAUAUGCCUCAAAUAUUUAACCUCCACCUUCUCCGCCCUCAAUGUUUUCCCAAAUCAAGAUACAAUGCUCUUUUAAAUGGUUUGGUUCCUCUGGUGCGCUAAUAUAUUUUUCAUGAAAUGAGAACCCUAUUUUCAAAUAUCUGUACAUGAAUCAUCUCGCUGCACAGGAUUUGCAAAUUUUUGGUUUUUAAAAACUCACAGAUGGUAAGAUCUAUAUCCUUCAUCACCUACGCCUCUAACUCUGUCUCUUUUUUUUAGGUUCUCAAAGCCUACAUCUAUCUUACUCAUUCAAUUUGUACUGCUUGCAAAGCCUUUUUUGAAACGUGUUUGUACCUGAUUCACUCAAUCUGUACUAUUUUUUCAAUCACUGACGUUCUGAAGGUGUUUAAGGCGUGAAUGGUUUCUUCAAUCACGAUUCCAAGUUUUUGUUCAAGGCGUUGAAGUUUGUGUUUUUUAUAAUUAGGGUUUCAAAUCCUUUGUAUCUAUGUUCAUGUAUUUUUUGUGUAAGAUCUAAAUGUUAAAGUGUUUGGUGUUUCCGAUGACUAGUGUUUGAAAUGUUAUUCAACUUUAUUGUUUUUUUUUAGUAAAUCUAUGUUUUUUUUUUCACUCCUCUUUCAUAUUUGGUAUUGUUUCGGCCAAGGGGGCUUCUCCCUGCACCUCCAAUGAUUUCUCUUAUACUCCCAAAACUUAUCUUAAUUCCGUCUUUGUCCAUGGUUAAAAAAUGAGUUAUUAUUUUUUACUGCACUGCACCCCUAAAUACCCCGUGAGUCACCGCACUGCACCCCCAAAAGCAGAUUCCCUGCUCUGCACCCCUGCCCUUGCCCUUGGAAUCUUUGACCUAGGGUUUUUUUAAUGUGCAGAGGCCUCCAUCCUCCACACCUCUUCUCCCUGUUCUCUCUCUUCUCCCACACACACAACACAGCACCCACCCACGUCCUCCCUCUUGUCCCCGACGCCAUCUUUUUGUCUUCUCCACACACCAUUCUUGUCCCCAGACAACCGCGUUUCAUCUGUUCCCGCCGCUUUUACAUUUUUGACGGUAGUUUCUCCAUUUUUCACGCUAUGGUUCGGACACGAGGAAAUUUAUCUAGACGUGGUUCAAAUGAUGUACCCGAGAGUUCCACACAAGGUGGUGCACGCAAGAGACCGACAGCCUCGGCUCGUAGAAAUCGUACAACGGGUCAGGAUGAAGCUAAUGUUGUUGAGCAUGAUAUUGUUGAGAAUGAGGUCUCCGACGUUCCUCAGGAGGAUGAGGAGGGGAUUGAUAACGAUGGUGGAGGAUUUCCUGGUGGUCCAUAUGAUACAUCUUUAUUGACUCGGUACGAGGAUCAUGUUGCACGCAUGAUAUGGGAUGGUCAGGAUCGAGUUGUAAAAGUAGUGUCUCAUAUUAAAAAAGUGAAGAAAUUAGGACGUCCUCACCCUUCUGUUGCACCUUUUGUGUUAGCUUCUGGAUUAUCGUCUCUGUGCGAUAUUUUAUAUGAAUAUAUCGAUCUUGGGUUAGUAUUGGGUUUUGUGGAGAGAUGGCAUCCCGAGACUAAUACUUUUCAUCUACCCAUUGGGGAGAUGACCAUCACUUUGGAUGACGUAUGGUCACUUCUCCAUCUUUCCAUCAGUGGAAACUUUUGCUCCACUGAAAAUCUUGAAUAUGAAGAGUCUGUUGAGAUUUUGACGACACUUCUUGGUGUUGACCGGGCCAUGGCUUGUGUGGAGCUUAAUCAAAGUCGGGGUGCACAGGUCUGACUUAGCUGGUUGAGAGAGUUGUAUGACAGCUGUUGUGAAAACGAGUUAUGGGAGUUUGCUGCACGUGCAUAUCUUUUGCACCUUGUAGGGUGCACGAUAUUUGCUAACAAAAGCGCGACCUAUGUUCGUACACAUUAUCUCGAGCUAUUUAGAGAUCUCUCCACAUGUCGUACAUAUGGUUGGGGAGUUGCUGCUCUUGUCCACUUAUAUGAGCAGCUAGGAGAUGCCAGCUUUGCAAAUACAAAGCAAUUAGCUGGAUAUCUACCUCUU